AUGAGUCUUCUCAAGUACCCCCAGGACCCUGAUGUUCUGGAGCAGUCAAAGCUGAAGCUGGAGGAGGACCACCCAGAGCAGGAGUCAGAGCUGAAGCUAGAGGAGGACCACCCAGAGCAGGAGUCAGAGCUGAAGCUGGAGGAGGACCACCCAGAGCAGGAGUCAGAGCUGAUGCUGGAAGAGCUGAAGCUGGAAGCUGGAAGGACCACCCAGAGGAGGACAAUCAACUUGCGCGAUAUAGAGGUAGGUGGGAGGUGCGCACACUCUAGGAACACUGCGCGGCCUCGAAGGAUUGUGUGCCCGAUACCAUGCCCUAGAAACACUGUGGGCCAGACACCACGCUCUAGAAACACGGUGGGCCAGACACCACGCUCUAGAAACACGGUGGGCCAGACACCACGCUCUAGAAACACGGUGGGCCAGACACCACGCUCUAGAAACACGGUGGGCCAGACACCACGCUCUAGAAACACGGUGGGCCAGACACCACGCUCUAGAAAUACGGUGCCGCUUUUGAAACACUGUCGCCCUAGAAACACGGUGGGCCAGACACCACGCCCUAGAAACACGGUGGGCCAGACACCACGCUCUAGAAACACGGUGGGCCAGACACCACGCUCUAGAAACACGGUGGGCCAGACACCACGCCCUAGAAACACGGUGGGCCAGACACCACGCUCUAGAAACACGGUGGGCCAGACACCACGCUCUAGAAACACGGUGGGCCAGACACCACGCUCUAGAAACACGGUGGGCCAGACACCACGCCCUAGAAACACGGUGGGCCAGACACCACGCUCUAGAAACACGGUGGGCCAGACACCACGCUCUAGAAACACGGUGGGCCAGACACCACGCUCUAGAAACACGGUGGGCCAGACACCACGCUCUAGAAACACGGUGGGCCAGACACCACGCUCUAGAAACACGGUGGGCCAGACACCACGCCCUAGAAACACGGUGGGCCAGACACCACGCCCUAGAAACACGGUGGGCCAGACACCACGCUCUAGAAACACGGUGGGCCAGACACCACGCUCUAGAAACACGGUGGGCCAGACACCACGCUCUAGAAACACGGUGGGCCAGACACCACGCUCUAGAAACACGGUGGGCCAGACACCACGCUCUAGAAACACGGUGGGCCAGACACCACGCUCUAGAAACACGGUGGGCCAGACACCACGCUCUAGAAACACGGUGGGCCAGACACCACGCUCUAGAAACACGGUGGGCCAGACACCACGCUCUAGAAACACGGUGCCGCUUUUGAAACACUGUCGCCCUAGAAACACGGUGGGCCAGACACCACGCUCUAGAAACACGGUGGGCCAGACACCAUGCUCUAGAAACACGGUGCGCCAGACACCACGCUCUAGAAACACGGUGCGCCAGACACCACGCUCUAGAAACACGGUGGGCCAGACACCACGCCCUAGAAACACGGUGGGCCAGACACCACGCCCUAGAAACACGGUGGGCCAGACACCACGCCCUAGAAACACGGUGGGCCAGACACCACGCCCUAGAAACACGGUGGGCCAGACACCACGCCCUAGAAACACGGUGGGCCAGACACCACGCCCUAGAAACACGGUGGGCCAGACACCACGCUCUAGAAACACGGUGGGCCAGACACCACGCUCUAGAAACACGGUGGGCCAGACACCACGCUCUAGAAACACGGUGGGCCAGACACCACGCUCUAGAAACACGGUGCGCCAGACACCACGCUCUAGAAACACGGUGCCGCUUUUGAAACACUGUCGCCCUAGAAACACGGUGGGCCAGACACCACGCUCUAGAAACACGGUGGGCCAGACACCACGCUCUAGAAACACGGUGCGCCAGACACCACGCUCUAGAAACACGGUGGGCCAGACACCACGCCCUAGAAACACGGUGGGCCAGACACCACGCCCUAGAAACACGGUGGGCCAGACACCACGCCCUAGAAACACGGUGGGCCAGACACCACGCUCUAGAAACACGGUGGGCCAGACACCACGCUCUAGAAACACGGUGGGCCAGACACCACGCUCUAGAAACACGGUGCCGCUUUUGAAACACUGUGUCGCCCUAGAAACACGGUGUAGCGCUGUUGUGUUAGCCCGUCUGUCCAACCAACCGCUCCACCAGGUGUAUCAGACCGCUGGGAAUGACUGCACCUUCACAACCUCACCAGGAGUGGGCCCUGGAGGACGACGCCCACAUCAAUCACACAGCCAGGAGCUAGGAGCACCUUCCUUCCUUUAG